GUGCAAAGUGUCUUAAACUUCUAGAUGGAUUCUUGGUACAGAGAAAGUGGUUCUGAAAAUGAGCAAGAAACAUCUAGCUCCAAAAAAGGAAAAAAGCAAUAUCAUCGUCAUUCAUCUCAACAAAUUCAACAACUUGAAUCGUAUUUUAGAGAAUGCCAACACCCAGAUGACAACCAGCGACGACAACUGAGUAUGGAAUUAGGAUUGGAACCUAAGCAGAUCAAAUUUUGGUUCCAAAAUAAAAGGACGCAAACAAAGGCUCAAAGUGAGAAGGCGAAUAACAAUGGGCUUCGGACGGAAAAUGAGAGAAUCCAUUGUGAAAAUCUAGCGAUGAGGGAGGCACUGAAGAGCAUAGUCUGCCCAAAGUGUGACGGGGAAGAGGAGAGGAAACAUGGCCUUCAAUUAUUGAUGAUGGAAAAUGUGCAACUCAAGGAAGAGCACGAACGGUUAUCAACAAUUCUUUCCAGUGUCAUGGGAAGAUCAGCGGUAGAAUCAGCUUCCAGUGGAUCUUUGCACGAGGAGAGCAACUAUCUAGCAACUACCGGUGGCAGCGGCGGCUCAUCGGCACCCAUAGGAGAAAAGCGGCAGCAUGAAACCGUCCACGGCCGGCAUACAUAUCCGAUGAAAAGUCCGACGUCGUUGCCCUUCACCCGUACGCCAGGCAGAGGAGUGCAAGAGAUGGAGAAAGGAAUCAUGAUAGAGACGGUGGCAGCCGCCAUGGAGGAGGUGGUGGAGCUGCUGCAGGCGGAUGAGCCGCUGUGGACGCGAAGCCCCGACGAUGAAGGGAGAUUGGUCCUCCACCGAGAAAGCUACGACAAGCUCUUUGCCAAGGGGAAUUGCUUGAGAAACCGCACAGCUAGGACGGAAUCUUCCAAGGAUUCCGGCAUUGUCGCCGCCACUCCGGUUGAGUUGAUCCAGAUGUGCCUUGAUCCGAUGAAAUGGAUGGAUUUCUUCCCAACAAUAGUGCACAAAGCAAGGAUAAUUGAAGUUGUUGAUAGUGGGAUACUUGGAGGCUCCUUACAGUUGAUGUACGAGAAAAUGCACAUUCUUUCACCCAUGGUGGCGCCUCGGGACUUCGUUUUCUUACGUUACUGUCAACAACUUGAACCCAACACAUGGGUAAUGGUUGAUGUUUCAUAUGACGACUACUCCUUCAAAGACCUUAUAAUUGACACUACUACUACUUCUGCUUCUUCCUCUCAUGACUCAUGGAGGCUUCCUUCUGGAUGUUUGAUUCGAGAUUUGCAUAAUGGAAAAUCUAUGGUUACGUGGGUCGAACAUGUUCAAGUGGACGAUAAGUUACAAACCCAUUGCCUGUAUAAAGAUUUAAUCCGCGAUGGUUUAGCGUAUGGAGCAAAGCGUUGGAUUGCUAUGCUUCAAAGGAUGUCGGAACGAUAUGGAUUCUUCUUAGGGUUAAGAAGUGUGCCUCCUAGACAUGAGCUUGAAGAAGUGAUAAAUGCGCCACUAGGGAGGAGGAACAUGAUGCAGUUAUCCCAUAGGAUGGUGAGGACAUUCUACGAAACCCUAAGCAUGCCGGAAAGAAAAGAUUCGGCUCAUGAGAAUGGCGAGGUGAGGGUAUCUCUGCGCAGAAGCAACCAACCCGGACAACCCGACGACAACAGCUUGGUCGUUUGUGCCGCCGCCUCUCUCCGGCUUCCUCUUCCACCGGAACAUCUCUUUGAUUUCUUCAAAGACGACAGAUUUAGAUCCCAAUGGGACGUUCUGUCCCAUGGCUACCCCGUCACCGAGAUCGCCCGCAUCUCUACGGGCACUCAUCCCGGCAACUGUGUCUCCAUCAUCCAGGAACUCAACGGCGGAGGAGCUGACGCGGAGGCGGCGGCGGCGGUGUGGCGGCAGAUCAGAGAAGAGGCGAAGCGGGACGCCGAAUCGGAGCCGGUGCUCGCCAGCCACCUACACUCCACCAUCAUAUCUCAUUCCUCCUUGUUCCGCUCCCUCUCUUUUCAUCUCAGCAACAAGCUCUCCUCCUCCACUCUCCCCUCCGCCCUCCUCUGCCACCUCUUCCUCGACACCUUUUCCUCCCCCGCCGGCCCGUCCCUCCGCGCCGCCACCGCUGCCGACCUCUGCGCCGCCCGUUUCCGCGACCCCGCUUGCACUUCCUUCUCCCACUGCCUUUUGAACUACAAGGGCUUCUUGGCCAUCCAAGCCCACAGGUUGGCACACGACCUGUGGCUGCAGGGCAGGAAGCCAAUUGCCCUGUCCCUGCAGUCCAGGACGGCGGACGUGUUCGCGGUGGACAUACACCCGGCGGCAAGGAUAGGGAGGGGGAUGUUACUGGACCAUGCCACCGGAGUGGUGAUCGGAGAGACGGCAACCGUCGGGAACAAUGUUUCCAUGCUGCACAACGUCACGUUGGGCGGGACAGGGAAGCUCUGCGGCGGCGGAGGUUGCGGGGACAGGCACCCGAAAAUCGGGGAUGGAGUCUUGAUUGGGGCGGGGGCCACCAUAUUGGGGAACGUGGAGAUUGGUGAGGGGGCGAAGAUCGGCGCCGGAUCGGUGGUGCUCAUCGAUGUGCCGCCGUGGACCACGGCGGUCGGGAGUCCUGCUAGGGUAUUGCGCGGGAAGGAACAGCCACAUGUUCAUGAAGAUCAUGUUCCUCUCGAGUUCAUGGCAUAGUUUUUAGAGCACAGAUGGGAUCCAACAAAGCAAGAGGAGCAAAAUUAACUUCAAGUUUUUGUAAACUAAUAAUAAACAUUCUAGCCAUUUAACAUUACUGCAUAUUAAGAGUACAAUAGAUGUGUGUUCUUUCUUUGAAUGCCGGAGUAGUGAACAACAUCUGAUUUGAUGAGAAACACCAACCCAAAAACCUAUAAGAGAUCCUGACUUGACAGCUUAGGAACAAUGUGUAUGUUCAUAUCCAAAAUAGAAUUACUAAACCUAAAAUGGCAAUCCCAAAUCAAUUCCAUUCCAAUGGUCGUACCCAAAAUGGAGUUACUAAACCUGAAAUUGUAAUCCUAAACCAAUUUCUUUCUUCCAAUAGAUAAACUCAAGAAAUACAUUUUGGAUAAGAUAAGUAUGAAUUCUCUUAGUGAAGGGAGAAGGGUAAACCAUUAAGUCUAGAUAAUUUGCUCAAGACAACCUGCAAAAUAAAUAUGUAUCAAGAUGCAUCGUCAAAAGAAUGUGAGUUGAGCAAUCUGAAAUCUUUUAUACAUUAAUAGUAGCAUGUAUGCAAUGUAAAUUAUUAAGACUAUUUGUGUAACAAAAAUGGAACCCAACCAUUAAGUGUUAUUCUCCACUGGAAGACAGUGAUUGGGACCAGGUCCAAGCCAUUUUGUACCAAGUACUCAUAAAACAACUUCCAAAGGAGAAUAAAUCCACAAGCACCUGUAGUUAGAUCCCAGGCCAUCAUACAAAACUGUUCUUUAGAGCUCCCCUGCUAAAAUCUUUCAACUAAAGCCAAAACUUAGUAGACAGAUCAACUACAUUGAGCAGUAGUACAAAGCAGUAGCACCAUUAAACAACCAACUUUAGUUUAUCACAAUACAGAAACAAUAAAAUAAAAUAAAUGAUGGAGAUGGGAGAGAUGACGCUAAAGAAAACGAUGUGUAAACAACAGUUUACAAUUCUAUGACUAUCUGCAAAUUGUGUUCCAAUAAACAACAGUUUUCAAAAAAACGAUGUGUAUGCGCUAAAGAAAAAAAAUAUACCCGCUUACGAUUUGGUAUAUUGAGCUGUCCGGUUUUCCAAACUUUACACAGCCAAGUUAUUCGCUAUGUAAUUGAAAUGGAUAAUGUAUAUUCUGUAGUAUUGAACAUUUAUUUUGUUUAUUCCCCUACCCAGAGGUAAUUCUCCAUAACAUUUUGAGUUGGAUAGGUAUUAAAUUCAACUCAAAUUUGUAGUAAAUUACCCAAAAGAAAAAUUCCAGAAAAUUUACUAAGUUUUCUAGUAUAUAAUCCAGUAAAUUAACUAACUCAAAUUCAACUCAAAACGAUGAACUCAAUAUAUUUUUUAUAAAAUUAACUAACUCCAAUUCAACUCAAAAAGAUAAACUCAAAGUAUUUUCAUGUCUCUAAAAUACUUCCUCCGUCCCACUAUAUUUGUCCACUUUCAUUUUUGCACACCAUCCAAUACACUUCUUUAAUCCAU